UUGUUUUUCAACGAGCAAUCGUAGGUUUGGACUUUGUAAUAUUACGUCCUUUGUCUUCCAACCUCGAAUUUUGACGGAAAACUUAUAAAACUUGUCAUUUUUUUAUGAAAAAUUAAUAUUUUAUACGUUUGGAUUAUUGUUUCAGUGAUAAUUUUCGUAAAUAAAGUGACUGCGUGAUGUGAGACAAGUGAAUUUUGUUUGUUUUGACCCACACCCGCCUCUGUUUUUUUUUGCUUUAUUUUGUUUUUACUAUAACCAAGUUUUUUGUUAUUCGUGAAUUUUCCACAGCUUUGGCUGUAUGUGAAAGAAGCAUUAUCUUCCAUGGGUUUAUAAAGCAAUGGCACGCCGUCGAAGACCGCCCGAACAAUCUAUUAUCGUCAAACUUUCGUGAAACUUCCUCAUAUAUUGUAUCCACCGGAACCCCAAAACAACCAAAAUGGAUCACAGCGUAAAAGCCAUGACUUCUCCUCGAAUUUUAUCGAGAUUGUUGAAUCCGCACCGCUUCGAAAACGACGAACUCGAACAAUUGUACCAACGCUACAUCUGUAAAUUGCAACAUAGCAGCGUCGCGGCCGUUGUCGCGUUAUUCGUCGUAUUGACGUUUCUGUUGGCCAACCUGGGAUUGGGGUAUGCGCAAGCGGCUACCGCGCAGAACGUAUACCAUGCCGCGCAUUGUGUACUUUUUGCGUUGUUAUUGGGGUUUUUGCACACAAGAUUCAUGCAAGACGCUUAUCUUUUAUGGGUCUGCUACGUCGUUCUAUUUUUCCUGGCGACUUUUUGCGCUUUAGCUCUGCCGCUUUAUCCGACGUUAUCGGCCGCCAAAGUGGCCGCAGAAGGUACCUGGCAAGUGGUGUUCGUCGUGUUUCUAGCUUACGCCAUGAUGCCUUUGAAGAGUUACGUCGCCGCCGUAUUCGGGUUCGUAUUGUGCGCCGCUCACAUGGCCGUGGCCGCCAUUUUCUCGACGGAAUUCCACGAUCUAAUAUGGCAACAGCUGAUUGCAAACGUCGUAAUUUUUUUAUGCGUAAACAUUGUCGGUGUUUUUAUGCAUAAUUUGAUGGAACACGCGCAGAGAAAAGCCUUUUUGGAUACAAGGAAUUGCAUAGCCGCCAGAUUGGAAAUGGAAGAUGAAAACGAAAAACUGGAAAGACUCCUUUUGUCCGUAUUACCCCAACACGUGGCGAUGGAAAUGAAAAAUGAUAUAAUUUCUCCAGUCGAAGGGCAAUUCCAUAAAAUUUAUAUACAGAAACAUGAAAAUGUCAGUAUAUUGUUUGCCGAUAUAGUUGGUUUCACUGUUUUGGCGUCUCAAUGUACAGCGCAGGAAUUGGUACGACUGCUUAAUGAACUUUUCGGACGUUUCGAUCAACUUGCUAAUGAUAAUCACUGUUUGCGUAUAAAAAUCCUCGGCGAUUGUUAUUAUUGCGUUUCUGGACUACCGGAACCGCGUUCGGAUCACGCCCAUUGCGCCGUCGAAAUGGGUUUGGACAUGAUCGACGCCAUCGCCAGCGUCGUAGAAGCCACCGACGUCCAAUUGAACAUGCGAGUUGGAAUACAUUCGGGCAGAGUAUUAUGCGGCGUACUCGGACUCAGAAAAUGGCAGUACGACGUUUGGUCCAACGACGUCACGCUCGCCAAUAACAUGGAAGCGGGCGGAGAACCCGGGAGGGUGCACGUCACACAAGCCACUUUGGAUUAUCUAGGCAACGAAUACGAAGUCGAACCCGGUAAUGGUACUUUGAGGAACCAGUACCUGCGCGAUCAUUGCGUCACCACUUAUUUUAUAGUACCUCCUGCCAGAAGACGAAAGCCAAUGUUGUUCAACACGCUGCAGGUUCGAUCGGCUUUGGGUGCCGCGCAGAAAAGGAAAUUAUCCUUCAAGAACGUCUCCAACGUCGUGGUGCAGCUGCUCCAUUCCAUCAAAUAUUCCAUGGAAGUGCCGUUUUCUAAUAUGGCGUUGCAGACGGAUCUCAAAGCGACAAACGCUAGGAAGGUACUAGACCUCCAAAGGGCCCUACACGCCGAUACUUCGACUUGCGAGGGUGGCGCCCAGGCGCAGAGUACCAGCAAAAAUAAGGUGACGGAAAAAUUUAAGAGGCCUUUUAAGAAGAGACAUUCCAGCGUCUACCACCAGCCUUCGAAUAGGGUGAAUAAAUAUUUGGGUCAGGCCAUCGAGGCAAGGAGUAUCGAUAGGGAAAAAUCGACGCACGUCAACUUAGUCACUCUCUGUUUUAAGGAUAGACAUAAAGAAGAUCAAUACCACCACGACGUAGAUGUGGGUUACAGCUCGACUUUAGCCUGUGCCUUGGUUCUACUAGUACUUCUAAGCACCCUCCAAGCUAUAGUACUACCAAGAACCACCAUUCUCUUCAUUUUAUUUCUCGUUUCUUUCGUAUGGAUAGCGGUAGUACUCAUGCUUUUAUUAGCAGUAAGACUACGUUGGAUACUAUGGGAUAUUUCGCAGAGUUUCAUCCUCAGAUUGGCCAUUACGGUAUUCACCAUCAUUUUAGUGUAUACAGUUGCACAGGUCAACGUGUUUACGUGUCUGCCGGAUACAAAUUGCAUACCUCAUUCUACUGUGAACAUCACUUUAGACGGUAGGGACCAUAGGGCUUGCCCUUUACCUCAAUACAUCGUCCUAUCAUGUGCCCUUGGAUAUUUGGCUGUGGCUAUUUUUUUAAGGCUACCUAUAUUACUUAAGGCUUCCUUACUUGUCGUAAUGUCAACCGUUUACAUCUUGCAUAUCGAAUUAUCUCAUAUUGAGCUGUUUUUUUGCUACGAUAUUAGAGUAAGUUCGAUAAUUCCGCUUCACGUUUUGAGCGUUGUGGAAGUGUUGAUGUUCGUAUUGGCGGUUCUACUGCACGGUAGACAAGUCGAAUGGACGGCCAGAUUGGAUUUCUUGUGGCAGAUUCAAGCCAACGAAGAAAAAAGGGAAAUGGACGCUUUGCAGCAUUCGAAUAAAAGGAUACUGUUCAAUUUACUUCCGGCGCACGUCGCCACGCACUUUUUAGAUAAUCAAUUUCGAAAUAACAUGACUACUCUAUCGCAGGAACUCUACCAUCAAAGCUACUCGCGCGUAGGAGUCGUCUUCGCUUCGAUUACCAACUACCACGAAUUUUAUACGGAAUUAGACGGGAAUAAUCAGGGUGUCGAAUGCCUUCGUUUACUCAACGAAAUCAUAGCGGAUUUCGACGAUUUGUUAUCCGAAGAAAGGUUCAAAGCUAUUGAUAAAAUCAAAACUGUAGGUUCUACUUAUAUGGCGGCCGUCGGUUUGAUGCCCGAUCUGAGAAUUUUGGACGACGAUGAACAUACGGCCGGUACGCAUCUCAGUACUUUAGUGGAAUUCGUUUUCGCCAUGCGGGACAGACUUUUGAACAUUAAUGAAAAUUCUUAUAAUAAUUUUAUGCUGAGAGUCGGUAUCAAUAUCGGUCCGGUAGUAGCCGGAGUUAUAGGGGCUCGUAAACCCCAAUACGACAUAUGGGGUAAUACGGUAAACGUAGCGAGUCGUAUGGAUUCGACGGGACUACCGAACCAUACUCAAGUUACCGAAGAAGUAUUCCAAGUACUCAGAUCGUACCCUUACGAAUUUCAAUGUCGCGGUAAAGUCAAAGUUAAAGGUAAAGGUGAUAUGACGACAUAUUUUUUGAUAGACAGAAAACAACCGGGAACUUUGAGAGUAGAAGAAUUAAAUAAUAUCCGAUCGACUCCUAAUAAUUUGAAUAGUAUUAAUAAUAUGUACGGUGGUGUAGCCACUCCGCUCGCCCUUUUACAUCAUAGCGAUUUAAACAAUCGCCCCAAACAUAAUCCCGUACAACCCCGUCAAUCUAUAAGGGAAGAUUCUUAUACAACUUCGAGGAACGUCAUUAGAUUACCGCCUCUACGAGAAACCGCCGCCUCACAUCACGUGAAUAGUUGCGAAAACGAACCGCUGUUGCCAAAUUUCAGAAGCGGUAAAAAGAAAUCGUUACCGUUAGAAGAGAAUCUACCGCCGCCUCCUUUGCCGCCGCACAAAAACAAUAUUCAAAGACAAGGUACGCCGGAAAUGAGAUACAAUCCACCGUGGCCGGUACCGGUCGAUAAUACCAAACCUUAUUUGAAACCCCUACCGAAAGUACCGGCCAAAGAAUCGCCCAAUAAACACAACAGGAAACACCCGACGCCACCACCACCGGAACCGAUUAGAAAUAAAAUCCAAACUCGCCACAACCCCUUGCAACGUCAUUAUUCAGACGAAAGCCUGGGGGGUGUAUUCGUUUCGGGUAUACCGCAGAGGAUCCAUUCUUCAGCCGACGAAAUUAGUUCUUUGAAUCAUUCGCCGAGCAUAAGUAGUUCGGACGAAAGUUACAGCAGAACCACCGACGCGGACGCUAGUCCCUGCGUAUCGCCACCUCUGCCCGCCGACGCCCAACAAUUUCUAUUCCCUUCGGAUAUUCAAGUGAAUCCUCUAUCGUCGCCGGAAGUGUCCCCUAGAGCCUCGCUAGAUUACAUCCCGCCGAAUUGUUCUCUAAGAAAUACCGCCAACGACGUUAAAAGGAACAAUCUGCCGCCUACGGCUUUAUUGGCGUUAGCCGGUGCUUGCAAUACCGUCGAUUCCUCCGUAGUAACCAGUCCGCCGGUAUUGGACGGGGAAGAAAGUUGUAGGGGCGAAAGUUGCGCCAGUUUCGAAUAUCAAAAACCGUUAUUUAGAAGCAUCAGCAGCAACGGAGGUGCCAGAGGCGGCGGCGGCGGCGGCGGCAGUACCGCCUCGAAAAAGAUACCGAAUAAUAUGGAUAGACACCGAAUUAGAAACGAUAGCGAUUCGAUUUUGGAAUGUAACAAAUUAACGUCUUCGUUCAAAAGGUCGCCAAGUUUCAAAGAAACCGACGAAAUACGACAAUUAUUGUUAUUAUCAUCAUCGAAAGACGAUGAGGAUAAAAAAACUGCGACGGCGAGCAGCGAAAAGAGCACGAAAAAAGACGGUAGCUGUCAAACUGACAAGAAAGAUUUGAGAAAAGCGAAAAGCCCCGUCGGUAAAAUCAGUAACAUACCGUUCGAAAGGGAAAUUCAAAAAUUGUUGGACGAACAAAAUUUGCUGCAAAACAUACCGCCGAAAUUGGAAUUGAAAGAACUAGCGCUGGAACCGUUAGUCAGGUACGCGCCUAACAAUAACAAUCAUCAAGUCGGUCUGGCGGCAAUUCAAGCGCUCGCUUUAGGUUUACGAGGAGCCAACAACGGCACCAACAACACGUCACCUUCGCCGAGAGCAAGCAGCAAGGAAGGGUCGCUUAAAAGGGGCGCCUCGCCCGGAACUCCCGGACAAGACGCCGUUAAAUUGGCCAAGGUCUCACCUCUCGACAGGUGUCCACGUACUGCCGAAGAAGAAGAAGAUAUUGAUUUAGACUGUGAUAUGCGCGAAAUCCAUCGACAGGACGACGAUACCGAUUUAGAAAACUUCGAACGCGAAGAAAGGCUAAUGGAAGAAGAAGCCGCAAAGCUUUCGGUGGAUAGAGAAUUGGAAGCGGAAGUGAAACGGCUUUUGGAGGAAAAAAUUCAAGAAAAACUACGAAAUCUUGAAAAUAUCGUUUUAGAACCUCAAAGACAGGACAGGACGUCUACCGCUGCAGAAGCAAGUCCUUCUGAAUGGUCUGAAGACGAGGAUGGCGGUGCUUCGGAACCAUUAUUGAACGAUAGAGAAUCUACUGGGUAUACUACAGACGAUCCAGCUUUAGAAAAUAUUUCCAUGAUCAAUGAAACUGGGCUAACGGAUGCGGAAGGAGCUUUAAGCGACGUAAAUUCCGCAUAUAUAGACCCGAAUCACGAUCCCGAUAUGGACGACAAUACUUCAAUGUCGUCACGAGCGUCAUCGAGAAUAUUCGAUUCGGACGCCAUGAUGUCGUUAGAUUCGCUCAGCGCCCUCUACGAUUCCGAAUACGACAACUGCUAUCGUACCGAUGACGAUUUAAACGCGUUGCCAGAUUUAGAUAGAUUAAAUUAUUUUUCGGUACCGACUGACGACGUACAUUUGGCAAAUAUUAGAUCGAUGAGCGAAAGUAUUACCAGAAAUUUCGGUCAACCGAAAAACGAAACGGACGCCGAUAGCGACGUUUAAUUAUAUAUAUAUAUAAAUUGAUAUCGAAUCGGAGACUGAAUAUAUAAAAAAACGUACGUUUUUUUAAUUGAUAGUCCAGGAAAUGAGAGGCAAAACUCAGGAAUAUCUAAGUUGGACGGAUUACGAUACAACAAAGUGCAUUCGAUUCGGGGAAAGGAAACUUUGUGAAAAAAAAAUUAAGAAUGAGAAGUGCAUCUUGAAUGGUUAAAAAAUUCAAUUUUAACAGGGGGUUCUAAUGUUCGUUGUACAUACAUAUAUUCGGUCCAAUUCAUAACGAAUUUCCAUGAGAUUGCAAUAGACGACGUAGAUGUCGUCCACCGUUUGCACCAGGUACCUCGUAGAUCUUUUCUGUCAUUAUAUUCUUGUUCAGUGACCUCGAAAACUUCCAUGUUAUACAUAUUCGAUCAGUUCCAUAACGAAUCUCCACGAGAUUUCAGUAGACGACGUAGAUGUCGUCCACCGUUGGCACCAGGUACCUCGUAGAUCUUUUCUGUCAUUAUAUUCUUGUUCAGUGACCUCGAAAACUCCCAUGUUAUACAUAUUCGAUCAGUUCCAUAACGAAUCUCCACGGGAUUUCAGUAGACGACGAAGAUGUCGUCCAACGUUGGCACCAGGUACCUCGUAGAUCUUUUCUGUCAUUAUAUUCUUGUUCAAUGACCUCGAAAACUCCCAUGAUAUACAUAUUCGAUCAGUUCCAAUACGAAUCUCCACGGGAUUUCAGUAGACGACGUAGAUGUCGUCCACCGUUGGCACCAGGUACCUCGUAGAUCUUUUUCUGUUGUUAUAUUCUUGUUCAGUUACCUCGUUAACACCCAUGUUACAUAUAUUCGAUAACUUUCAUAACGAAUCUCCACGGGAUUUUAAUAGACGACGUAGAUGUCGUCCACCGUUGGUACCAGAUACCUCAUAGAUCUUUUCUGUCGUGAUUUUCGUGUUUAACUACUUCGAAAACCCCCAUGUUGUGAAAUUGAACUCAUUUCCGGCAAUAUUGCCCGAGUUUAUAAUUUUUAAAUCAUUCGAGAUGCACUUUUCAAAAUGCAUUAUUCGUUUGCACAAAUGCAAUUUUCAUUUCUUUUGUCUCCCGAAUCUAAUGCACUUUACUGCAUCUUAAACCGUCAAACUGUUUAGAAAUUCGUAAAUUUGGUGAUUUAUUUCCUGGACUAUAAAAGUAAUGUGAUGGCGAGGCAAUAGAAACUUUUUUUUAGCUACAUCUAGACACGUUUUUUACACUUUAUGUCGGCCAUUUUUUUUCCAACUUACUCAGGUUUAUUAUUACUUUUGGAUAUUCUUUUUAUCCGUGUCUGAGUAAUAGUUUUAGAAUGGAUUAUGUUGUUUACGUAAAUAGUGCAAUAUUAUUUAUAUAAAUGAAAAGUUAAUACUGGAUAUUAUUUGUGGUAUAGAUAUUUCAAAAUGGUGCUUUUUACAUUGAAACACUAACGAUCUGAUUUAAAUAUGGCUCUCUAAAGCUGUCUUCAGAUGCAAUCGAUAAAACUGCCUCUGCUGGUAGUCUACUGACAUAUUCCAUAAAAUUGGUCGAAAUUUUUUUCUGCGAGGAAUUAAUUCUUUCGGGGAAAUAGUAUACAGGGCGAAUUUAAAUGAAACGUGUUAUUUAACAAUUAAUUUAUAUAAACAGAGUGACCCUACUAAAUGUUUUUUUUUGAGGUAUUUUUCAAAAUUUUUUAUAUAAUAGGAUGGGAAUACUCGAAAAGUUUAAAUAUUUGUUUAUUAUUGAAAUUUUGAAAAAAUGAAAUAGUUUUUCUGUUUUGAAUAUUUUUAUUGUAUAUUUGCCAAAAUUAUUAUGAUAUUAGUUACUGUAAUUGAAAAUUUAUUAAUUUAAAAAUUACUCAAGAAUUUUUUUUACAAGAAAUAUUAUAUACAGUGUGGAAACGUAGAUGUAAAAUUAAUUUUACUUUUCGUAGCAAACUAAAAUACUUUUUUAUGAACAUAAAUACGUAAUUGUGGACAAAAAAAAAUAUAUUUAAUAAAUCCAUAGCCAAUAUAUAAAUAUAAUUCAGAUUUUAUAUGGUCGUUUCCACUAUGAAACUCGUAAAAACUCAAUACAUAUUUAAAUAACGACUAAUUAUUGUUUUUUUAAAAAAAAAAUUAGAAUCUUGACUAUACAUUUUUUUUUAUAAAUUUUUCUACAAAUAUUCACUUAAAGUGUAGUUCAUAUGAUCGCGCAUAUUAUUAAAACCGCCCCCUUCUUUAUUGUUACCAUUGAUGCCAGAUUGUUAUGUUCAUCCAUUAUCUGCUUGUUAUCUAUUUCUUUGUACUUAUUCUUUUUUUGUUUAAAUCAAAUUAUUAUUCAUUUUUAUAAAAUUGAAAUUAUUAAGGGAUAAUUGAAACAUUUUUCAGUCUGUCAUUUUUAUAAUUUUGAUCUAAACAUCUUUUAUACAGUGUGUAACAACUUAAUGGAAUAGUAUUUUCGAUAAUUUUCUAAAAAUAUUUUGAAAUACAAUUUCUCAUAACGUCUUUCCUGUAUAAAAAUUGUUGUAGUUGAAGGUUGAUUUAGUAAAUACGUUUUGGAAUUAAAAAUUGAGGUAUUAUAGAUACUUUUUUAGAAUUCAAUUAUAUUUGGUUGAUUCACACUGUAUAAUACAACAUUAACUCAAACUAUGGUAGAUUCGGAAAUAUUACAGCUCAAUUUAUUACCAGUUAAUACAUCAUUCCAAACAUAUAUCUAAUAAUUUACAACGUUACUAUAAUUUUAAAAUAAAUUGUCUGCUUCGCGUCGUAUUCAACUCGUCGUUACCAGGUGCUAUCGAUGAUAUCAUGGUGCAGUGUUGCCAAAUCUAUCAGAUAUUAAUUUCGAGCAACAUUUUCUUAUAAGUUGAAUUUGUAGUCACAACAAUAAUUACCAGGUAGGGAAAACAAUAAAAAAUAUUUGAUAUAAACUUUUAUUACAUUAACAACCAUUUUUAUACCAAUGGAAGGAAAAGAAAAAAAAAUCGCAACUUCUACAUGGGCUCUGUUAUAAUCUGGGAACAGAUUUUUUUCGAGAAAAUACACAGUUUUAAGUACUACACACUUAUGUUAAAAUUAUCGAAUAGUGUUAAUAGAUUUUUUUUUCAAUAGAAAUAUAUUAAAAUCUGAUUAUUAUUAUGUGUCAUCUGACAACACUGAUUCAACAAUAAAAACAUAUUGUAAUGACAUUCUGCUUCUUUCUCAUAUAAAUUGGCCUUUACAUAUACGGAUACAUAUUUAUAAUUAUUUUGAAAUACACCAGAAUUGUUCUGACGUUAGAUACAUUAUUCUUCUUUUUCGUAUAAAUUAGCCUUUAUCUAUACGGUUACUGCAGUGCACUGAAACUGCUCUAAAGACUUUUUAUGAUUGAAUAUCGUUGACAGUUGAAUUUAGACGUGAAAAUCUUUAGAAUAAAAUUAGAAUUUCAUACAAUCUUCCUGUACUAUUAAUAAUAAUAAAUAUAUAUCGUGUUUAAUUAAAUUUUUUUUAAGUCUACAUUAACUGGUAUGUUUGAAAUGAUGUAAAUAGUUGAUUUUGUAGUGUAUACGUUACAGAUAAAUAAAUAAAAAAUGUAGACCUAUGUUUUUGUUACUAAAAAUCGAUUUUGUAGAAUAUUCCAGCCCAAAAGUUCCAUUUUGUUAUUUAAAAAAUUAUAAUACUCUUUAAUCGUUAUAUCCUCGGUUUAGUUAACAAAAAAACAAGUUUUUUUUAACCAAAUUUCAUUCUAAAAAAAGUGAUACAACCAGUCCAAUGCUUUCUACACCGUUUUCAUUCAAUUUUUUCGAUGGGGGCUAGAUCUGGAUAAUAUAGUGGAUUUGGAAGCAAUUUCAUCAUUGUUUUCGACUUAGGUUUACUUUCAACUUCUGUGACUAUACACUAAAUUUAUUCUGUGAUCACCAUUCAUUAGAAUAAACAUGCUCGAAUGAUAUUGGUGGCGUGUAUAUACAAAUAUUUCUAUUUUUCUUAAAUGUUCGAAUAUAAAUCUUGAUGUUAAAUUUUUUAUAAAUACUCCAUGAAAAAUUCUAUCAAUUCCUCAAUUAACGAUCAAAGUAUUGGGAAAUUAGACGGAUUUUCAUGGUCGUAUUUUGAUUUUUGUUUAUACAUAAUCGUAAAUUGUAUUUGUUGUAUUAAUAAACUUUUUUCUACUUUUACCCUGUAUAAAUAUUAUAUAUAUAGCUAGCGUAUGUUAAGAGAAAUGUUUUAAUAAUUUAUUGAAUGCUUAAGGAUUAUUGAAUACAUAAUAAAAAAUUACGGUAUUCAACAAAUCGUUUUUUAUUUGUCCUCGCCAAUUUACAACGUGGCAACGCUGUAAAACAUCUGCAACUUACAUAAAAACAGUUUCCCGUAGGUAAGUAUGAUUAAUGGUUUUUCUUGUAAUAUCUUUUUAAUAUUUUUACAGCUUUUGGGAUAUAACACCAUAUAUUUUUAUAUGAAUCUUGUUAUAUACAUUAUUGAUUGAUGGUAAAGUCUUCUUUGUAACGGUACACGUCACUUAGA